UUAAAUCCAUACACACAAACGAGGGCAUCUCUACCGACCGAGCGCCGCCGAUACGACACCCCACGGCCCCAUCCCCUCAGAGCCGCUCCGCCGCCCGCGGCCAGCAGGGGGCGCUGUGCCCAGCAUGGCGCCCGCGCGGCGGAAGCGGCAGCCCGGCCCCUCUGCAAGAUGGCGGCGCCCAGGCGCGGUGUGGCGGCGGGACGGAUGAAGCGGGGGGCGGCCGCCCGCGCCCGCCGCGGCGGGAAACUGGACCGGCUGCGGCAGGCGGUGCAGGAAUACGUGCAGGCGGCCGGCGGCGAGCCGCCGCUGGCCCUGCUCAAAGACUCGGACAGAUACAACCGCAGAAGCCGCCGGGAAGCCAGGAAGGAGAAGCGUAGACUAAAGCGGAGCCGCCGCCGCCGACUCCAACGCGGGGAGCUGGUAGAGGUUCCCACCGCCCCGGCCAAGCCCGCUCCAGCCAAGCCGGCCCCGGCCAAACCCGCUUCAGCCAAGCCGGCCCCGGCCAAACCCGCUUCGGCCAAACCCGCUUCAGCCAAGCCCACUCCGGCCAAGCCGGCCCCGGCCAAACCCGCUUCGGCCAAGCCGGCCCAGGCCAAGCCGGCUCCUGCCGCCCGCCCCGGAGCCCCGGCUUUGCCCGCCGCUGGCAAGCAGCGGCCCAGGCCGGUGUCGGCACCGACAUCGACAGCCCUUGAGGCCCCUUCCACCGCCGCAGCCACCUCGGCGCGGAAACGGGCCCUGCUGGAAGCCAACGAGGAGGAGGAGAAGGAGAUCCGGCGGCUGGAGCGGCAGCUGGGGCUCGGGAAGCGGCGCAAGAAGCAGGAGGGGCCCGCGGCCGAGCGGGUGCCGCAGAGCUUCCUGCGGGACGGGCUGGGGUACGUGCUGGGAGCGCUGGGCACACGGGCCGGGCUCAGCCAGCUCUGCGACAGCAGCGACGAGGAGCAGCAGGAGCAGACCCAGCCGGGGCCGCGGGAGCGCCCGCCGGGACAGCAGGAGGAUGGCGAGGACGAGGAGGCUCAGGAAGACGCCUCAGACCCCUCCGAGGCGGAUGACGGGGAAGGACUCUGGGAGAGCGAGAGCUCGGCCCCUGAGGACGGCGGGGUGCCAGAGGCCAGCGAGCCCUCGAGCGAGGAGGAGGAGGAGGCAGAGAGUGAUAAUCACGGUGCUACAAAGUAUAUGCCUCCUCAAAUAAGGAAAAUGCAGGAGACACUAGAUGACAAGAAAAGAGAAGAAUUGGGAAGACUGAAGAAAAUGGUGAAUGGCCUCAUUAAUAGGUUGAGUGAACCAAAUUUGUCCUCCAUCAGUAGACAGAUGGAAGAGCUCUAUAUGGCCAACAGCAGAAAGGAUAUGAAUGACAUUCUGACAGACAUUCUCAUGAAUGCCUGUGUUACUGCAGUUGCCAUGCCUGCAAGACUCAUGAUGGAGCACGUCCUUCUGGUCAGCAUCCUUCAUCAUAAUGUGGGAAUUGAGGUCGGUGCUCACUUUUUGGAAGCUGUGGUGAAGAAAUUUGAUGAACUCUGUAAAAGUGAUGCUGAAGGGAAGGAAUGUGAAAAUCUGCUUACCUUGAUUGCUCAUCUGUAUAACUUCCAUGUGGUUCAUUGCCUUCUGAUCUUUGAUAUUCUGAAAAAGCUUGUUAGCGCUUUCACUGAAAAAGAGAUUGAGCUGAUUUUGUUUCUUCUGAAAAAUGUGGGCUUUUCCUUAAGAAAAGAUGAUGCAUUGGCUUUGAAAGAACUGAUCACUGAAGCCCAGAGGAAAGCAAGCACAGCAGAGAAGAAAUUCCAGGAUCAGACAAGGGUUCGGUUUAUGCUGGAGACUAUGCUGGCACUUAGGAACAAUGACAUGCGUAAGAUUCCUGGCUAUGACCCUGAACCAGUUGAAAGACUCCGCAAAUUGCAGAGAGCGCUGGUUCACAGCAGUGGUUCAGAAAAAGACACCCAGCUCCGCGUGUCCCUGGAGUCUCUCCUCAGUGCUGACCAGGCCGGUCGCUGGUGGAUCGUGGGGUCAUCCUGGAGUGGAGCACCAAUGAUCAGUGAUACAAAAAGCCAGGCUCAGCAAAAGCUGCACAUAGGAAAGGUGAGUUCAAAAAUAAUGGAGCUUGCUCGUAAGCUGAGAAUGAACACUGAUAUCAGGAGAAGUAUUUUUUGUGUCUUGAUGAUGAGUGAGGACUUCAUGGAUGCUUUUGAAAAACUUCUGAGGCUUGGACUGAAAGAUCAGCAGGAGAGAGAAAUAGUUCAUGUCAUCCUUUACUGCUGCUUACAGGAGAAGACAUUCAACCCCUUCUAUGCAUUUUUGGCUAACAAGUUUUGUGGAUUUGAAAGAAGAUUUCAGGUGACAUUUCAGUUUAGUAUUUGGGACAAAAUCAGAGACUUAGAAAACCUGUCAGCUGCUGCCAUCUCCAACUUGGUGUCACUGCUGGCUCACUUAAUAAGGACAAAAUCACUGCCACUUUCAGUUCUCAAGGUGAUUGAAUUCAGUGAACUGGACAAACCCAAAGUCCGUUUCUUACGACAGGUGCUAAGCACACUGUUAACUAAAGCAGAUGAGGAAGAAAUUACUGACAUUUUUAUGAGGAUAUCUGACAACCCCAAACUGGGAAUGCUGCGGGAAGGCUUGAAACUCUUCCUUACCCACUUCUUACUGAAACAUGCCCAAGCCCAAAAGAGUGCUGAAGAAGCUGGCUUGUUAAAAGAGAGAGUGGAACUAGCAACCAAGGCUUUAGAGGCAAAAGAACCCAAAUUGAAGCUAUAGUUAUAAUUUUUUUCUAAUAAAAAUACAGAAAAACGAAUCUAGAGUCUUUCAGACCUAAGAAGGAGAGCUGUGUUGCUGUAAAGGAUCAAAUUUUUUUAAUGUAAACAGUUACUUCACUCUGUGUGCUAGAUAGAGGUUUAAUU